AUGGGUGAGUUAAUCCGAUCACAGCCAGUAUCGUACGGACAGUUGAUAGUCCCGAUGAGUGUCGCUGAGGACACCAUUCAAUUAAUAGGUGAGUUAAACUGUGUUCAGUUUGUUGACUUGAACAGCACGGAGCUAACCUUUAACCGUCGUUUUUGCAAUGAGUUAAAGCGCUGUGAUGAGUUAGAGCGCAAGAUGCGAUACUUCAACGAGAUGAUAACAAAAGAAGAAUCUCGGGAGGACAUGGGUGGUCUGAAGUUUCAGCGCAAGUCGGAGAUCUAUGACGCCGACAAAGAGUCCACCGAGAAUUUAGAGUUACGGUUAGAGUCUUUAGAAAAGGAUUUGAAGCAGAUUGAGACUGACUGUGCUGCAACAGAGAAUGACUUAGAGAAGAUAGAAGAAGGACUUUUAGUAUCGAACAACAUCGAUUCAUUGUUUGAAAACAUGGACGAUGUCAAUGUAGGUGGAUUGAAGUAUGUCAUAGGAGUUAUAGAGAAGUCCAAAUAUGACUCUGUCCAACGACUUAUAUGGCGAAUCUCUCGAGGACUUGUUUUGAUAAAGUCGAAAGAUUUAUCCGACAACUCGCAUUUGCGAAACUUCUUAGUCUUAUUCCAAGGCGAUGAUUUAGAAAUCAAAAUCAACAAGUCGUGUCAAUCGUUAGGUGUUCGGUUGUACACUAGAGUUCCUAUCGACCAACAAGAACGUCGAAAUUUUGUCGAAGAGGCUUUGAGUAACAAGCAACAGUUGUCCUCAGUCUUUGAGAGUUCGACAAAACAAAAGCGAGAGAUGUUAAAGAAAGUGGCGAUUAAGUUAGAAGAUUGGAAAGAGACGGUGACUCGCGAGAAGUUGAUCUUCUUCACAUUAAAUAUGUUUAAAGUCGAGAAGGGACAGACAUUGAUUGGAGAGUGUUGGUAUCCCUCUGCCCGAUUUGAUGAUAUCAUCCAGAAGCUUGGGCAGUUGGAUCAAAGUAACAUGUCACCUAUUUUAUCACCAAUUGCUCCUCCACCUCGAGCUGUCAUUCCAACAUACACUAAGAACAAUUCAUUCACACAAACAUUUCAAGAUCUAACGGAUUCAUAUGGUACACCACGAUAUGGGGAGAUCAAUACCGCGUGGUUGAAUAUAGUAACAUUCCCAUGGCUCUUUGGUGUGAUGUUUUCUGAUGCUGGCCAUGGCUUAUUCAUCUUCUUGUUAGGCUUAGCCUUCAUCAUCUUUGCGAAGAAGUUACAAGGGAAAGAGAUGAAUGAUAUCUUUGUGAUGUUAUUUGAUGCGCGAUACUUAUUAUUACUGAUGGGGUGUUAUGCGAUGUAUUGUGGCUGUGUCUUCAAUGAGUUCUUUGGGUUUUCAAUUGACUUAUUUGGGACUGGUUGGGAUGUCCGUAAUGAAGAGAAGAAGGUAUAUGAGCGAUCUGAUAGUGGGAAGAUCUAUUACUUUGGUGUUGAUCCCAUUUGGAAAGCUUCGAACAAUGAGUUGUACUAUGUGAAUUCCUUAAAGAUGAAAUUGUCGAUCUUAAUUGGUGUCUUCCACAUGAUCUUUGGUAUUAUAUUAUCAGUCUUUAAUUAUAUUCAUGCGAAGAAAUUGAUCAAUGUCUGGUUCCAUUGGAUUCCAGAGAUGAUCUUUAUGGUGUGUUCCUUCGGCUAUUUAUGUUUCUUAAUCAUCUUCAAGUGGUGUGCCCCUGUUCAAGAAGGUGCUCCGAUGUUAACAAAUGUGUUCUUAGAGAUGUUCCAGAACUUUGGUGUUGUUACUGAAGCCAAUAAGAUAUACAGUGGACAAGCUAUAAUCGAGCCGAUAUUAUUAGCUCUAGUAGUUGUUUCUAUACUUAUAAUGUUCAUCCCAAAGCCAAUCAUCCUUUACAUGCGACUUAGAAAGCAACAGAAAGCGCAUAUAGAGAACAAACCAUUACUUAAUGACAAUCCAAAUUCGACAAAUACCGUCGAUGAAGUCCCGAUGGUAGAUGAGAGUGUCAUUCCACAAGUUGCUGAUGAGUCUGAUGGGUUAAUUAGUGAUGGAAAAGAUAUGAAGAAGGAAGAUGUCGAAGAAGAGGACAAUGAAGAAGGAAAUUCGUUAAUGGAGAUCAUCAUUUUCAAUUCAAUUCAUGGCAUCGAAUUCAUUCUUGGCUGUAUUUCAAAUACAGCUUCUUAUUUAAGACUUUGGGCUUUGUCACUUGCACACGCAGAACUGAGUUCUGUCUUCCUUGAGAAUGUGUUCUAUUUGUUACUCGAAAUGAAGAUUUGCGUCACCAUUUUCGUCGGAUUUGGCGCUUGGGCUAUGAUCACGUUGGCCAUUUUGAUCGGGAUGGAAUCCCUCUCCGCCUUCUUACACACACUCAGAUUACAUUGGAUCGAAUUCCAGAAUAAGUUCUACGUCGGUGACGGUGUCGCGUUCAUGCCACUUAAGUUGGAGCCGAGAAAGACCUUCUUCGAUAAGGUCGACUACACUGAACAGAAGUAA